AUGGAUUUCGCGUCAGUUUUUGAAGUGACAGCGCUUGACUGGGUGCUGGUUGCCUUACUGGUCGUUCUUUUCUUCAGAUGGGUUCGAAGACAAGCAGAGCCUGAAGUUACGCCUCCAAAACCUCAUGUUGUUCCUCCCCUUCCUAAAAAAGACAUGACACUCACUGAACUUCGACAAUACGACGGAGUCCAAGAUGAACACAUAAUGUUUGCACUUAACGGAACGAUUUAUGAUGUGUCACGUGGACGCACAUUUUACGGACCUGGUGGUCCAUAUGGUGCAUUAGCUGGUAGGGAUGCCACCAGACCUCUAGCCACUAUGGAUGUGAAAGAUGUGAGGGAUGAAUGGGAUGACCACGAGGAUUUGACGAGUGAUCAAAAGGAAAGCGCUAACGAAUGGGAAGCGUCUUUCAAGUACAAGUACCCAAUUGUGGGUAAACUGAUCAAGGAAGGUGCAACUCCUACCGAUUACGGAGGCGCAUUAUCAGCCAUUCCUGCAUGA